AUGAAGAAUUUUCGACCUCCUUAUUCGUUCUCGUCAUCUAUCCCAAGAUGGAGAAGAAGAUCGAGAUCGAAGUGGCUAUCGUCGACAUCGUUUCGUUGGAAGAGAAGUGAAGGUUUUGAUUUGACCGAUGGGAAUGUGACGACCGAGAGAAUCGACAGUUGUUUGAUCGCACAUAUGAGAAUCCGUGAGAAGAAUGCUCUUCAAGCUCUCAAAGCCUGCCAUUGGCACCUCGAAGCAGCGUUUGAUGUGUUUUACAGCCAGCCCCAGCCAAGAAGCAAUGCUGAUAUGAGACGCUUGGAGGAGCUCUACAAUAGAUAUAAAGGCAAGCUACUUUACCCAUAUUCCGAUAUGAUUCUAGCGGAUGUUAUCUCGGUUCUGUGUAAUGAUCUUCAGGUGGAACCCCAAGAUAUUGUCACGUUGGUUCUUUCGUGGCAUAUGAAUGCUGCCACAGCGUGUGAAUUUUCCAAGGAAGAAUUUGUUGGUGGAUUACAGUCAAUAAGUGUAGAUUCCAUUGCGAAGUUGCAGGAAAAGCUGUCAUUUAUGCGUUCUGAGCUUAAAGAUGAACGGCGUGGAGGUACGUCUGGUAAAAUAUUCAGGUUGUCACUUGGUCUUCUCGUGGCAGCCAGAAUGAACUGUGUAGACAACACAGGAGCUAAGAACCUUUACGUCAUUUCGGUCAAAGGAAUCAAAGAUCGUCUCAAUUGGAUACCUUAUACUUGUGUUGUUGACAUGGUUAUGGCCACAGUCAAGAAAGGUAAACCGGAUCUCAGAAAAAAGGUUCUUCCUACUGUGAUGAUUAGGCAGUGUAAGCCAUGGCACGAAAAGACGGUGUUUUCAUGUUUGUUGAAGAUAAGAUCUUUGCUGAGAUGUUUGGGGCGUUGUUAUGUGGUUUUUAGUUCUGCGAUUACUGGACUGAUCGGGAAAGAGUGUGCGGAUCUCUGGCCAAGGAUUGCAAGUGCUGCUAAGGUCAUCGUCUACUCAUGUUGCUGGCUAUCUUAUUCAACAAAACUGGAAUGUAGUUUAAAAUGA